AUGGGAGGGCUAAUCGUUGUCGCGACUCCCCCUUACAUUACGCCUCCCUGUAUCAUGGGGAGCUUCCCCCCUUCCCCCCGCGCCAUACCCUCCCUUCCCCCCGCGCCAAACCCUCCCUUUUCCUCGCGCCAACCCUCAUUUUCCGCCACGCUAAUCUUCCCUUUCCCUACCGCCAACCCACCCUCUACCCCACUCCCACCCGCCCUUUUCACCGCUCCCACCCUCCCUUUCCCCCACGCUACCCCUCCCUUUCCCCCACGCUACCCCUCCCUUUCCCCCACGCUACCCCUCCCUUUCCCCCACGCUACCCCUCCCUUUUCCCCACGCUACCCCUCCCUUUUCCCCACGCUACCCCUCCCUUUUCCCCACGCUACCCCUCCCUUUCCCCCACGCUACCCCUCCCUUCCCAUUUGA